AGACCAAAGAAAUAUUAGGCUUCGAAAAAAAUUAAGAGGCAGUUGAGAUGACUAAAAAUCUAGAAAAUCUAGACCUAGAACCGCUCCUCGAAGGAAGUCCAAAACAAAUGGCCAUGCCAAAGCGCAAAAUAACCAAAGUCCUGAAAAUCGGGGCUAUUGUUGCUGUCAUUUCUAUAAUUUUGAUUAUUCUUGCUGCUCUGUCCCUCUCAUCAAGAAAAAGUUCUUUACCAAAUGCACCGAACAUUGCAUUGUCUUUACAAACAGGAAAUGUUGCAUUUGAUGAAUUCUCAAACAGUUUAGUUUUUUCUGAUAGUGAAUCAAGUGAACGUUACCUUACCAUUUCCCUGCCUCACAAGCUCAAGAAUUUUUCGCGGUCAAAAAAAUUAUGUAAAGAUUUUUACUCUGAUUUCAAUUUUGAGCCAAAAGACAAAAGGACAGAUGCAGGAGAGAGUAUUAUUGAAAAUAUUCCACAGCUCUGCUUAGCUUUUGAAGAUGGCUUAUAUGCAGCAGUUUACCAGGAUAAUCUUGAAGGAGCUCAUUGCCAUAAUGUUCACUGGGUAUCAAGGAACUUGACCACAGAGGUUACCAACUGCGUCAACUUCGGAGUUGAUAACUGGUAUGGUGGAGGCAGUUUAUCUGUUCAGCGAUGGCCAUUAAACAGAGUUGAUGUGCAUAUGCAGCCAUAUAUUACUCAGAAAAUGUACCCAUCAAAUGAGAAUGCUGAUGUUUAUUUUGAUUCUUUUAUUGAGCCCUAUUUUAUAAGCUCUAGUGGGACUGUCGUUAUGGUUGAUUCCUACUUACCGUUAUUUGUUUCUAUAAACCACAAUGUGGAUAAGAAAUUGUGUUUCACUUCUGCUUAUAAACCACCUUACUCUCGUCCAGUGCAAACUAAAGCUAUCAGUAAAACUCUUCUUAGCUACCAAGUAUGUAAAGACAGAACGGCUAAGACAUUGCAUUGGCAUUUAUUAGAAAACAAAGCUUUAUCCCACUCUACAGUGUCACCACCAGUGGAGCUGUUUCAUAAACCAGUAUGGAGUACCAGAGGCUUAAAUGUCAAGAGCAUUAACCAGUCUAUAGUGUUGUCACUUGUGGGAAAUAUAAAACAAAACAAGUUACCUUACAGUCAACUUUUCAUUGAUGGCAACUAUUCCAAAUCUAGGGGCAAUUUCUAUUUUAAUGACAACCGUUUUCCACAUUCACAGCAAAUUAUUAUGGAGCUGGAACAUGAGCUCAACCCGUCGUUUGAAAAUUUUCAUGUUGGCACUGAAGUUUUUCCUUACAUUCCGACAACUCCAGAAUUGGAAAAGUUUUCAAAGAAAAAUAAACUGUAUUCAUAUUUAGAUAGAAAUACAUCUUAUCUAGAUGUAGAAAAUAAAGAGGCUGUAGCCUGGUAUACUUCUCAUUUGAAAGAUAUUUCAAAAGAAUUGACAAUCACAGGCUUUAGAUUUUCAGGUGGGCAAGGUAUAGACACCAACUUAUGGAGAAAUAUGGAAGACACUGACACACAACAGCCCUUACAAAAUAUACAUCCCAAUUUGUAUACUCAACGUUACGCUGAAAUAGCCAGUGACUUUGGUGACCGCUGCUUCCUAGGUAGUGGCUACAAAAGCCAGGAAGAAACAAGAGUAGCAGAUGCUGGGCCUAUGCUGGCAUCCUGGGAUCAUGGCAAGGGUAUAAAAAGUUUAAUCCCCACUGUCCUGACCUACGGCCUCAUGGGAUACCCCUUUGUAAACUUAGGCCCUGUGGGGGGUGUCACCAUCAACAGUGAGCAGUCCUCAACAAAUGACUUUGCACCUCCAGAGAAAGAGCUUUUCAUUCGGUGGCUUCAGCUUGCUAUUUUUCUGCCUGUGGUUGAGUUUUCCACAGGGCCUUGGGUCUAUGGCGAGGAGGUUGUGAAUUAUACAAGGAAACUUUUGGAAUACAGGCGUAAGGUGUUGUGGCCUAAAUAUAUGUCUAGUGCUGUACAAGAAGCGGUGCAAGUUGGUACACCAAUAUUACGACCUCUCUGGUUUAUUUCUCCAUGGGAUGAAACUGCGCAGUUCAUAGACUGUGAGUUUUUUGUCAGCAACAUGCUUUUAGUGGCACCUGUUUUGAAUCCAGAAGCUCGAAAAAGAGAUGUGUAUUUACCAAAAGGGCCUCAUUGGAAAGAUGAACUUAGGGGCACCUAUCAUGAAGGUGGUCAGUGGUUAAGAGGCUAUGAUGUUGGUUUGUAUGAAAUAGCUACAUUCACACCAGGCAGGCCACCAAAAACGGAAGUUUUAUAGCAGUUACUUUGAUCAUACUAUAGAUAAGUUUUAAAAUCUAAAACUGAGUUAGUGGUUUAUAUUAAGGUAAAACUGUGACUGCAAUAAAACUCAUCUUUAUACAAAAAAUAUAAUAUAUAUAUUUUUUUGAAAACCCUAGUUACAUUUUAUUGUAUGGGUUAUCUUUAUUUGUGU